AUGCGAAUUGCUGAGAAAACGUCGAGAUACGUAUCGGAAGUUGUUUCGUCUCUCAACAACUAUGAACAAACAAAUGAACACAUAAUUUUACAUCUGACUCAUUUUAAUCCUCCUUCGGUAAACAAGAUGGAGAUACAGACUGCUGCAUCAGAUUUAGAAUCUGAAAUGACAAUCCAAACAACAAAAGAUGAGUAUGAAGAGUGUACCAUAUGCAUGGACAUAAUUUCAGAAGGUCAAGAUAUGAAUUCAUUGCAAUGUGGUCACAUUUAUCAUCAUGAAUGCAUCACUAAUUGGGUCAAAAUCAACGAAAGCUGUCCUCUAUGUAGAGAGACAAUCUGA